CCCUCUAGCGGAAAUUUUCUGACAAAAUACAUCGUGAAUGUGGCGUGUGUUGUUUGGAAUAUUGUGAGUCGUAAAUAAAAUGCAUUCUAUGGAUUACUAAUUCUAUUUGUAAGUGUACUUCUUGUGUGUUAAAACAUUAAUCCAUUCAGAAGCCACCCGUGAAUAUCAAGAAUUGGCCUCAGCAAGCCCUGUGAAUUUGAUAUUUUGUCAUAUGUUGCACGCCUGUCUUGGGGUCUGGAAGAGGACAAAAAAAAUAAUCAGUAAUUCCGAUGCUAAAUUGAUAAUGCAAAAUAGACACAACCAGUCUUCCGGCACGAUAUUGCGCUUUCUCGUGACAAUGCGGUGCCUUAAAAGUGAAAAUAUGUACUAAACUGUUCAUCCCCAACUCUACAUAAUGGUCAUUAGAGCUGAAACUGAAUAAUAUCAAAAUGAGUCACAAUUUGGCUGGAAUGCCAUCAUACAGGCUGCCAGGCCCGGGACUGGGGCCUCCAGACUUCAAGCCUCCAAUGGACACGCCGACGCCUCCAGCAUCAGCUCCUAGUAAUCCAAAAAAGCGGAGAAAAACAUCAAAUGCUAAUAAUGCAUUGACACCUCAACCUCCACCGACGGCUCAAGAUCUUUUACCCCCACCCCUUACUGGAUAUGGCGAUACUAUUGUUGCCUCUAACCCAUUCGAUGAUUCACCUUCAACUGUAUCACACAACGGUCCAAUGAUGAAUCAGAACGGACCCAUGAUGAGCCAGAAUGGCCCAAUGGGAAUGAUGGGUCCUAUGCAUAGUUUAGGGGGUCCUCCAAUGAGACACAUGAGUCCUUUGGCUCACAGUAUGAGUCCUAUGAACCAGCAAAUGCCUCCAAGAGGAGGAAUUAGCCCAAUGGGAAACAUGAGCCCAAUGGGACAUAUGGGAGGCAUGUCACCUAUGGGUGGUCCAAAUAUGGGUAUGAGUAAUCACAGCAUGGGCCCUGGAAUGGGGCCUAACUCAAGAUCUAUGGGAAGUCCUAUGAGUCCAAUGAAUUCCAUGCCAAUGGGCUCACCAAUGUCUUCAGGGCCUAUGGGUAGUCCUAUGAAUAUGGGCUCUAUGGCUGGAAGCCACAUGGGUAAUAGUCCUAUGGGUCCCCCAAUGCACAGUCCUCUCGGUGGUGGUUCUAUGAACGGACCUAUGAAUGGCCCAAUGGGUGGGGGUGGACCGGGAAUGAAUGUACCUCGAAUGAAUGGACCCAUGGGGCCUAACUGUUCUAAUGGAUCUAUGGGGCCAACUAGUUCUAUAAUGUCUUCUAAUUCUAUGCCAAGUGGUGGAAUGGGUCCUGGUCAUUGUGGUCCAAUGAGACAUGGUAGUCCGAUGGGCUCAGCAAUGGGGAGUGGGCCUAUGGGUGGUAACGGACCUAUGACAUCAAUGGGACCCGGGCCUCCGUAUGGGGGUCACAUGGGCCAUGGAGGUCCUAUGGGGAUGGGUGGAAGUGGCUCAAUGGGUCCUGGACCAGGAAAUAUGGGAAACUGUGGGCCCCUAGCAGGAAUGAGUGGCAUGGCCAUGGGAGGCCCGGGAGGCCAAGGAGUGGGUCCAAUGGGCCAAGGGAUGGGCAUGUUUGGGCCCAAGCCAAUGCCCGUCAGUGCUGGGAAGGUGUACCCUCCAGAUCAGCCGAUGGUGUUCAAUCCCCAGAACCCAAAUGCGCCACCUAUCUACCCAUGUGGUGUGUGUCACAAGGAAGUACACGAUAAUGAUCAAGCAAUAUUAUGUGAAUCUGGGUGCAAUUUUUGGUUUCAUAGGGGCUGCACCGGGCUAACGGAGCCAGCGUUCCAGUUACUCACGGCUGAGGUGUAUGCGGAGUGGGUGUGUGACAAGUGCCUGCACUCUAAGAAUAUUCCUCUGGUGAAGUUUAAGCCAUAGCGCUACGCCGCGCCCCCCUCCCCCCUUCUAUUGCCACCUAUUUGAGUUGCAUCCCUCCUAUAGGCUAACGGCAUAAUGGGACAUACAGGUACGUUGUUAAACCUUAACUCCUGACAAUUGCCUUGUCAAGUCCCAGUGCCUAGCAGUAAGCUCAUCACAAAUAUUUAUUUCACAUCAUUUCUAUCGAGGACUAAGCGUGAGCAAACUAAAUGUAUUGAUCUUGGGCAUGAAUUUGGUUUGUCAGUAGUCUUACUAAGAAAGAUCUCAUGGAUAGGUAGUUACAUAAAAUUAAGAAUGUGAAUUGAGUAAAGACUAAUUGGGUUAAACAAAAAACACUUAAUUUCUAGCCGAAGUAUUCAGUUGAAUGGAAAGAAAUGAUUCGUGAAAUUGCAGACGGUCCUGUUUAUGUCUAGUCUGUUAUGAUUGUCGUUUUAUUUAUUUUUAAACUUAUAUUAUAAGGGUAUCACGUCGAGAUGCAAUUAGUAUGGAAUAUUCAUUGCACGUGUUCCUGCAUUAGGCAUAUCUGUCAAAGCAAUUCAAUGUGAUUUUUCUGUAGGAAAAUGUUGCCAGCACAUAGACAUUAAACUCGAAGUGUAAGCAAUUUGAUGGCUGCCCAAGGAGUUCUGACUGUUGUGUCGCUUUAGUCUCUGUGCAUAUUGUAAAUAAAUCUUAGGUAAGUAUAAGUCUAUAAAACACUUUCCGCCUUAUGGUGACCUAUAUGUGUACAGUCGAGUUUUAUUUUGAACAAAGUACGCAUAAGGCCCUGCGUAGGGCCCACUUACUGCCAUUCUGGUCGCGCCUCAGCUUAAAUAGGAUACAUAAGUUGAACCCAUUACUUGAGACGGAAAGGAUCCAGGCGACCUUAGUCUUACAGUAAAUGAUGAUUUAAACGUACUUAUACUUCGGUGCCCUUAUUUGCAUGUAACAAUACGCGCAUUAUUUUUACAUACGUGUAAAUACAAUGAAUCCAUACGCUUUGUUAAAAAUAAGAGUGUUAAUGUGUUUGUCAAUUUUUUAACUUUUGGAGAUUUUUAAAUCAUAGACAUGUAACAAUUUAAGGUUUGUAAAUAAAUAUUUAGAUAUUAGUGAAAUGAGAUUAUACUAAUGACCGAUUGGCUCCAGUUGAUGGCGCGGUUGUGACUUAAUUUGUGUGUAGACUUCAGCUAGUUUUGUUUUUAUUUACACCAAAAUGUCUAAUCUCUGGAGCCAGUUGUAAUAAUCUUUCAAAGAACUCAGUCAGCUAUUGUAUAGAGAUACAAUUAUAAGAAAGAAAGAAUCAUUGGUAUUCUUAUUGGAUUUUAAAAUAUUAUUUUUAUGUACUGCAGACAGGAUGAAUCAUGUAAAAUAUAAUAUUUUCUUACAAACAUGACAUUAAAAUUGCCAGAUUUAAUAAGAAAAUAUAUGAGUGCAAUGUGCAGCACUUUUAAUAUUAAAACAAUUCUCGUCAUAGGUACCUAUAAAAUUUAUAUUUGUUCAACUUAAAGCCACCGAAACAACCUAAGUAAAUAAGUUAGGAUAAUGAUUCAUCCUGUAAAAUUAACUCAUAAUUAUUUUCCUACACUUCCCAAAUAAUUUAUAACUUUAUUACUAAUAAUAUUAUUAUUAUUUAUAUAAAUAGAGUACUUAUAUUGACCAUGUAAGAAGAGUACAUGUUAAACCGAAAACACGCACAUUGACUUAAUAAGAUUUUAUGUCCAUAGCAUUAUUUUUUAUUGAAUACAAUUUUUGCAAUAAUUUUACAGACAUGUUUGUACUUACUCAUUUUUUAAAUCAUAUUAUAUAACAUUAUAUAUAUUUAUAAUGUUUAAAUUCAAUAUUUUGAAUGAUCAAGGAUUCUCAAUGGACCUAUAAUAGUUAAAAUGGAGUUGUUGUUGCAUACUGUAACAGUGUGAGGUUUUUACUGUUUAUUGAAGUAGAUAAGUAAUUUGUACUAUGGUAAGGCACCACGCAUAUAAUUUUGUUACAUAAAAUCAACCAGUGGAGUUGAUGGUGAUGAGAUUUUAACUUGUUUUUUAAGAAUUUGAUUGAAAAGUGUCAAAAUGUGUAGAUCAAUCUAUCUUAUUCUUGCCUUAUCGUGCACACGGUAACUCACUAUGUUAAUUUUAUGUUAUUUAGAAACAAAAUAAAUAUGACGGCAGAAUUUAAAUUUGAAUCAGACACAAUCACUGUAACUAAAUAUUUUAGCUAUUUAAGAAGGUCUGGGUUAAAAACGAUGUUCAAGUAAGUAAAGAUGAUGCUUUAGAAUAAUGUUGUGAUAGUUUUUAUGUGAUACUCAUAGUCCAGGAUUGGCUUAGAUUCACCUAAAUUCUAAAUCCGAAGCAAUAGUAAACUGGUUUCAAGUAUCACAUUAAUUGAAUAUUUAAUUACUACCGACUGUCUUACGGUUACUGCAACGCACGCAGUGUGCAACCCAAAGUGCUGCGGUUGCGGGUUCGAUAGCUGAGGGAAAAUGUAGUGAUGGCACAAGCAAUCAAGGUCAUGGGUGUAUUUAUAUACCAAACUUUUAACUAGGUAAAUUGGUGCGAUAGUUGGAACCAUUUAUUUAUUAUUAUUUUAAUUCAGUCAGUCCUUUGCUAUCAGUAAUAUGUAUCGUAAAAUGAGUAGAAUCCCCAAAUCUUACCAACCCUUUAAACCAUUUGCGGUACUUAUAAAACCACAUUAUGUAUCACGAACAUUACAACUACGAGUCAUGAUUCAGAUUUUGUUUCUUUUCUACUUACGAAGCAUCCUAUAGUCCUGUCUUCCUUGUAAGAAAGUGAAGUAAUAAGUAAUAUCAGUGAACAGUGACCACAAUAACCACUGGCAUAGAUAGUGCAUAUUUAGUUGUUUACAUUUUGCUACUUAUGCCCUCUGAUAAUGUGACUGAUUCUGUGUGCAAACUGUUUGCCCUUUUAUUCAUCAUUUUUGUUAGUUCCAUACCAUGACAUAAUGUUGAAAAGUAUUGGAAAAGUGUACUCUAGGGCGCGUACAGUUUUGGUACGCCCAUAUCGUGUGUUAUAAAAAUUCAAAAAUCAAUAAAUUGCCUAUCAUUUUGUAAAUAUAUUUUAUUUGGAUCUACGAAUAAUUGUACAGUAAUAUUUAAAAUAGAAUUUUAUCUAGGGUAUUCGGCCAUGAAUAUAAUAAUAAUCGAAGCCGCUAGAACAUCACAAUUAGUUCACGGGAGACUGCUGCUAUUGUAUAUUAAUUUCAUUUGUAAAUGUUACUUACGUGUUACUUAUAUCGGCGAGAAUGAUAGCAAGUUGUAUUUAAGAAUAUUUUAUGAAGUCUAAUAGAACGACAUCAGUGGUCUUAAACUUGUGCAUAGUUUAUUUUGUAUUAUGUGAAUAAAUAACAAGCAAUAAUAAAAUUGUUAUCAAGGAAA